CUGACUCGGCGCGGGCUGCGACGCGGAUUCUGCGAGAGCGGCUGCACUGGUUACGGCGAGCCGCGGCCAGCUAUGAAGCCGCCCAUUUCAAUACAGGCAAGUGAGUUUGAUUCUUCAGACGAAGAGCCUAUUGAAGAUGAACAGACUCCAAUUCAAAUCUCAUGGCUACCUCUGUCACGAGUGAACUGCUCACAGUUUCUCGGUCUGUGUGCUCUUCCAGGUUGUAAAUUUAAAGAUGUUAGAAGAAACAUUCACAAAGAUACAGAGGAACUAAAGAGCUACGGAAUCCAAGACGUAUUUGUUUUCUGCACCAGAGGGGAGCUGUCAAAAUAUAGAGUCCCAAACCUUCUGGACCUCUACCAACAGUCUGGAAUUGUCACCCAUCACCACCCAAUUCCAGAUGGAGGGACUCCUGACAUAGGCAGCUGCUGGGGAAUCAUGGAGGAGCUGGCCACCUGCCUUAAAAACCACCGGAAAACCCUGAUACACUGCUAUGGAGGACUUGGAAGAUCCUGUCUUGCUGCUUGUCUCCUCCUAUACUUGUCUGACUCAGUAUCACCACAGCAAGCCAUAGACAGCCUUCGAGAUGUCAGGGGAUCUGGGGCCAUACAGACCAUCAAGCAAUAUAAUUAUCUUCAUGAGUUCCGGGAUAAAUUAGCUACAUAUCUAUCAUCAAGAGAUUCACUAUCAAGAUCUGUGUCCAGAUAAUGAAGAUUUCAAAUACAUGCCUACGCGUGAAGUUCCCAAGUUCUCUAGCAUACUUUGUAUUGAAGCAAAAGUACUAGUGCUACCAUCCUGAAUAUAAAUGUUAUGUGUGGUUCCUCCAAAAGCUUCGGGUCAUGAAUUUGCACAGUUGAUACAGCUGUCUUUCUAGAAGUGCACUGACUUUCUUGCUUACCUAGAGGACGCCAGGGAAAGAAAGGAAAAACACUGGGCUUUCUUGUUUACCCCGCUUUGGCCUCCUCCGACAGUCACUGGUAGGCAUGUGACACAGUAAAAAUGAAGUUUUUGUAUGCAGACCCACAGUUAACCAGUACAGGCGGAGGUCAGAGGUCAAGGGGCAGAAGUCAGUUCUCCUCUUCCUUCACGUGGGUUCCAGGAUCAAACUCAGACCAUCAGGAUUGGUGGCAAGUGCUUCUGUCCGCUGAACCAUCUCUCACACACCUUACUCACUACUUGUAAAAAACUUUUACCCUCCCACCUCCUGUAAUUCUCUUUUCCUACUUCACUACUUACAGAAUUACAAGGGACUCUGAGCUUAGAGCCGGCUCCCUCCCAGCGCACCUUACCACGGUGGGGACCCUAGUGCUUCCAUGCACACUUGGGGUGUUUCUUCUUUUCAUUUUUGAGACAGGCUCUUACUCUGUAAACCAGGCUGGCCUUG